AUGCCCCUCGAGUUUGAUAUUACUGGAGUGACUGAUCCAUUUUCGCACAGUGGUGGUAGCGAAAAGGGUCGUAACAAUUGUUCUAGCAACUUUGUUCACAUUAGAAAUCAACAAAGAAAUGGACGUAAAAGCGUAACAACUGUUCAGGGUCUACAGGAUACACUGGAUCUAAAAAAAGUUGUACGCGCUUUGAAAAAAGAGUUUAGUUGUAAUGGCACGGUCAUUUCGCACCCAGAAUAUGGUCCUAUUAUACAAUUACAAGGAGAUAAGAGGCAUGAUGUCGUAAACUUCUUAGAAAGGGAAAACCUCUGCUCAUCGGACCAAAUCAGAUUGCAUGGGGCGUAG